CACAAUCUGAGGAACACAAAAUCUAAAUUCCAUUGGACAUUGCUCUGAAGACACCUUCAAAAUUUGAGAUUUUCAGACUGAGAGUCUGAUUGUAAAAAUCAGCAAAACUAGAACAGCAGAAAGAGGAUUCAAUCAGCUGAUUGCAGGCUAUUGAACUAGGAGAGGAAUAUCAAUCUGCAGAGGCUGGACAUGGGGACAGGGAGGCUGCCAUUCUUCCUGCUGUUACCACUGUUCGUUCCUGGAGCAGUGCAAGGGGAGGUGAUCCAGGAUUUCAGCAAAUGUGCCUGGUUCUUUCAGGGAAAGGUACCACCACAGGGUUUCGACACUCAGAACCGCGUCAAAAUCUGCCAGAGGUACAAGAACCAUUACCACUUUGUAACCUUGUACCGCACCGAGCUGAGAAACCCCGUCUACUCGGCGUACAGGUAUCCCUGCACCAUGGGCAUUCAGGCGAAACGGAGACCCAGGCCAUGGUUUUAUGAGCCACAGAUCGAUGAUCCACAUGCCUCACCUGAAAUGACCAGAAGCAACAAUACCUCCAGUGACCAUCAGGCGGUGGAUGCAGAUUACCGUGGCUCGGGGUAUGAUCGAGGUCAUCUAUAUCCCUAUUCUUUUAAUAGGAAUGACAGUGCUACAGCCACCUGCACCCUCACCAAUGCAGUCCCACAGAAGCACAAAGCCAAUGUGAACUGGGCAAAGGAGGCAGAAGAUUUUGUCCUCAAGUUGGCAAAGAUUUGCCAUAAAUCCGGCCGCUCGGCCUACAUAGUGACGGGCUCAGCCAAUUCCACCACCAUCAAAAUGAAGAACAAGGUGAUCGUGCCUGGGGUAGCCUGGACUGCCCUUUGCUGCACUUCCUCACCAAGCCCAAAUACUGACCCCUGUCUAAGUAACCGUUUGUGGUUAGAGGGGCAGGAUGUACCGAGGUACGAUAAAGACUUCUCCGCUGCUUUCAAGAAAAGGAUGUUGCCAGAAGAGCCAGCAGUCAGACUGACCGUGAGGGAGCUGCAGAAGGAGCUGGGAGUGGGCAAGAUAUUUGAGAGUUGCAGAGGGACAAGUGCAGAUGAUGAGGUGGAAACCUUCAAAGAUGUGACCCUCCUGAUUGAAGCAGAAAUGUCUAACCAGAGGGGACUCAGUUAGGAAACGGCUGUCAGUCUUUGCAAUAACGUGCUGUCUCCUUUCAGCAAUUGGGCUUCAGCGAAUCUAGUGGCUAAGGUUUGCAAAUUUGCUGCAAAUUCUCACAGCCAUGAAACUGCGAUCUAAGGUGUGCGAUUUUUAACAUUCUAUUUCACUGUUUGGAUUUUUGAACAAGUGGCAUGUGGGUUUUGGAUUGUGUUUAUGAAGGAGGUUAAUAAUUAACUAGUACACAUUUCUAUAGCCACGGUGAUUUAUUUUAUUUACAAAGACAGAGACUGCCUGCAGCAUAGGGUUUUGUUUUCAUUCAGUGAGAGUUAUCAGUGAACAAAAUGAACAGUUGACUUUGGUUAGAAGAGGAUUUGGAAUUAGAACUAGAACAAAGAAAAUUUACAGCCCAGGAACAGGCCCUUCGGCCCUCCAAGCCUGAGCUGAUCCAAAUCUACUGUCUAAACCUAUCGGUCAAUUCCUAAGCAUCUCUAUUCCUCUGCUCCCCACCUACUCAUGCAUCUGUCCAGAUGCAUCUUAAAUGAUUCUACCGUGCCUGCCUCUAUCAUCUCUGCUGACAACGCGUUCCAGACGCCCACAAUGCUCUGCGUGAAGUACUUGCCGAGUGUAUCCCCCUUAAGCUUUCCACCUCUCACUUUGAAAACAUGACCUUUCGUUAUGGAAGCCUUCACCCUAGGAAAAAGCUUAUCUCUACCCACCCUGUCCAAACCCUUCAUGAUUCCGUAAACCUCAAAUCAGGUACCCCCCCCCCCCCCCAUCUCCUUUUUUCUAAAGAAAAUAAACCUAACCCACUCAACCUCUCUUCGUAGCUAGCACCUUCCAUACCAGGCAACACCCUCGUAAACCUUCUCUGCACCCUUUCCAAAGCGUGCAUAUCUUUUUGGUAGUGUGGCGACCAGAACUGUACAGUGUUCUAAAUGUGGCAGAACCAACAUCCUGUACAAUGUUAACAUGACUUGCCAGCUCUUACACUCAAUACCCCAUCCAACAAAGGCAAGCUUAUUAUAUGCCUUCUUGACCACUCUAUCCACUUGUGCAGCAACCUUCAGGGUACAAUGGACCUGCACUCCCAGAUCUCUCUGCCCAUCAACUUUUCCCAAGGCUCUUCUGUUUAUUGUUAUAGUUCACUCUAGAAUUAGUCUUGCCUAAAUGCAUCACCUCACAUUUGUCUGGAUUGAAAACCAUCUGCCACUUUUUCGCCCAACUCUCCAGUCUGGAUUAUAUUUUUGGUUGAGGAACACAUUCAGUUUGGAAAGCUUUUGCUUUCAGUGUGCAGGAGUCCUGGCUAAAGCUGGGGAUUUUAAUCAGUUGCUCUUGAAGAAAGAAGUUAGGUUGGAAUUGUUAAAAAUAGGUUCCCUCAGUGUAAAGAGUUCUGUUUGAAUGUUCCAGACCAGAAGUCUUUGGUUAGAACCCUGAAAGGAAUAUUGGAGUAGAGAAAAUCUACAAUCGUAUGAAUAAUCAUUAAAGAGGCUAGCAGAUUCUGAAGACCAGUUAAGACAAAUCCUAUAGAAGUGAUACAGAAGGGAAUCUUUCCCUGGUGUGAGUACUGUAAAGGGGUGCUGGGAAUUAAUGAGAUUGCAUUCUACUGUGUGUUUUGAAACGAUAAACUUCUGUUAUAUGUAAAUAUAUUUCCAUUUCUUUUGCAUAAUAAAGU